UCAUGAGACUCUCGUCGGGAUGGACAACACUACUUUUCCUGCUGAUUCAAGGAGCUUCACGAGCGUGCACAGCUAAGCGCCUGGGCAGCAGCACGGGACGAUUCGCCAACGCCACACUCGUGCGCCUGUCGGAGUUCCUGAGUGCGGGUUAUAAGAAAGGAGUGAGACCAGUGAAAGAUUGGAGGACGUCCACUAUCGUCGCCAUAGACCUCAUGGUUUACUCCAUUCUGAAUGUGGAUGAGAAGAACCAGGUUUUGACAACAUACGUGUGGUACAGACAAUCGUGGACGGAUGAAUUCCUGGUCUGGGACCCUGAAGACUUUGAUGAAGUCAAACAAGUGUCUUUACCCACGGCUAACGUGUGGGUGCCCGACAUCCUCAUCAAUGAAUUCGUGGACGUGGGGAAGUCUCCCGACAUCCCUUACGUCUAUGUGACUCACGAUGGACUCGUGCGCAACUACAAGCCCAUCCAGGUGGUGACGGCCUGCACGCUCAACAUCUACAAUUUCCCUUUUGAUGUGCAGAAAUGUAGCCUCACCUUCCAGAGUUGGCUCCACACCAUCGAUGACAUCAACAUCACGCUGAUGCGAAGCCCCGAGGAGCUCAGGGAGGACAAGAGUGUCUUCAUGAACCAGGGAGAGUGGGAGCUGCUGCACAUCCUGUCCAACUACAAGAUCUUCAGUGUGGACAACGACGACUACUACGCCGAGAUGAAGUUUCACGUGGUGAUCCGACGGCGGCCGCUGUUCUACACCGUGAACCUGCUCAUGCCCAGCAUCUUCCUAAUGGUGAUGGACAUCGUUGGCUUCUAUCUGCCACCAGACAGUGGAGAGAGGGUUUCCUUCAAGAUCACUUUGCUCCUGGGCUACUCCGUCUUCCUCAUCAUCGUCUCAGACACUCUGCCUGCCACUGCCAUAGGAACCCCGCUGAUAGGCGUGUACUUCGUGGUGUGCAUGGCGCUCCUGGUGAUCAGUCUGACAGAAACUGUGCUGAUCGUGCGCCUGGUCCACAAGCAGGACCUGCAGCCUCCCGUGCCUCACUGGGUGAAGUACCUGGUGCUGGAGAGAGCUCCGGUCCUGUUCUGCAUCCACAGGAAGCACCGCCUCUGCUCCAGACUGUCGUCCCACACCUCGGACCUGGAGCCGUACAAGGAGAACAGCUAUGGAACUGCGCGGUGCACACACCACCACCACCACACCUGCGAGGUCGGUCAAAGGCUGAGCCAGCACGACAGGGAAGGCGGCCUGCGUGGCCUUGGCCUACCGCCCGCCAGAGACCCCACGCCGCCCGUCAUGGACAACAUCCUGCACGAGGUGACAGCCAUACGUCACUUCCUGGAGAAGAGGGACAGGUGCCGGGAAGUGGCCAAAGAGUGGCUGCAGGUGGGCUACGUGCUGGACGUGCUGCUCUUCAGGGUCUACCUGGUGGCCGUGGUGGCGUACAGCAUCACACUGGGCACACUGUGGUCAGUGUGGCAGGUCGCCUGAGUGUUGCAGCAACACAACCGGUGUGGAUACAAGCUCAGUGGAGCGUGGAAUUAAAAAGGCGAGACUUAGCAGCUCUAAGCCCCCGUGGCUCAGUGGAGACAGGGGAGGCUCUCGUAAAGCAGUGGAACAGAGAAAUGGUUCCUGUACUUGAGGCACUAUAUCCCUGCAAGCACUAUUAUUGUUAUCAUCCAUUUAGUAUGUUGGUUUUUUUUCCAUCACAGAUGCUUUCAGGGUCCAGCCCAAAGCAGCCAACUAGACCUAUACGACAUCCCCACACACUUACACUGUAAAAAUACAAAACAGAUUUAUUUAUCCAUCAAAGAAAUCCCAGGAUUAGUUCACUGUCAUGACGAGUACAAACAAUACUGACAAAUAAAUCCAUUCAGGGCCUCUUCAUGGCUCACGAGUCAGUUUCAAUGUUCAUUUAUUUAAAUUCAUCGGUAUUUUUAAGUGUAAAGUAACAAGUUCUAAUCUUCUGCAUUGAAGAUACAGUUCAGGAAAAUACACGGGCUGGUGUGCGGCAGAUUAUCUGUACAUAAAAUAUCAAACUACUAUUACUGCAAUGUAAAUAUUUUAAAUCUACGUUGACAACACGGAAGAAAUAAAGAUUUUAUAUCAGCAAGCUAUAAACUGCAUAUAUUGCUCAACAUAUACAGUAGAUAUGAAAAAAAAUGUAAUUGGUUACAUUUAAAUGUGUG